GUAUGCUCCACAGCCAUGUCGGUAGCUCUCAAGAACCUACUCAAUCUAAUCACCACCUCGGCCAGCCAUGUCGCCUUCAAUCCAAUCAUAACAGCCACCCUCCUCUGGGCACUGACAAAAGGCCCUCUGCAGCUCCGCGCCCACCUUACCAACAGCAUCGCCGCUCUCCGCGAUCCUGCGCGCUACGCCCUGGUUGUAAAAGCGCUGAAAGUAUGCCUUGCUUUUGGCACAGUGCGGGUUUUCAACAAGCAGCUGAACCAUAUCGCCUUGAAUGCAGGAAGGCUCCGCAGCGACAGAGCAAGGUGGAACUGGACCCGCGAGGUGGCCGUCAUCACGGGCGGCUGCUCGGGAAUUGGAGAGCUGACAGUCCAGAGACUGGUCAACAAGGGCAUCAAAGUCGCCAUACUCGACAUUAAACAAUUGCCCCCGAGUCUGCAGGGCGUUCCAAACAUUAGCUUCUAUGCCUGCGACAUCACAAACCCAAAGGCCGUUUACUCGACUGCAGACCAAAUCAAGGAAACCCUUGGCGCCCCUACUAUCCUCAUCAACAAUGCAGGCGUCUUGGCCAUGCAUACCAUUCUCAAUGCUCCUGAUGACUUUCUCCGCACCGUCUUUGACGUCAAUGUGCUCAGCAACUGGUAUACCACCAAGGCCUUCCUACCAGACAUGCUGCGGAACAACAAGGGCCACAUUGUCACAAUCGCCAGUACCGCAAGCUUUGUCGGUGUUGCAGGCAUGGGUGAUUACACAGCGACCAAGGCGGCCAUUUUGGCGUUUCACGAAUCGCUCAACCAAGAGCUCAAGCACCAUUACAACAGUCCAAAGGUGCUCACCACAUCAAUCCACCCAAAUUGGGUGCGCACACCGCUCCUGAGACCCGUCGAGGACGAGCUCAACAAGCACCGCGUCGAAAUCAUCGAGCCCUCUGUUGUUGCUGAUGCCGUUAUCGAGAGCAUCACGAGGUGCAGCGGCGGACAGAUCAUGCUGCCAAGCAGCGCCUCCAAGGCGAGCCUUGUGAGAGCGCUACCAAAUUGGAUCCAGGAGAGUGUCAGAGGCGAUGUGAGCAAAAUGCUCCGCAACACGGUGCAGUAGCUGCGGUAAAACAUGCAUUUCAGUCUCGGCCUCUAGCUAGUUAUACAUGCCAAUAAU